UCCUCGUACAUGGUGAAUAACCAAAUUCCAAUUGAAAUGAAAUCUUUAGGAUAAAUCAAUGCAAUUUAGGAGGACUCAAUGAAAGGACAUCAAUUCAAAUCCUGGAUUUUCGAAUUGAGAGAGAUAUUGAGAGAGAUCAAGAAUUCUCACUAUUUCUUAGAUUCAUGGACCAAAUUCAAUUCAGUGGGAUCUUUCAUUCACAUUUUUUUCCAUCAAGAACGUUUUAUAAAACUUUUGGACUUCCGAAUUUGGAGUAUCCUAUGUUCACGCAAUUCACAUUUACAGGGUUCAACAAGCAAUCGAUAUUUCACGAUCAAGGGUGUAGUACUAUUUGUAGUAGUGGUCCUUAUAUAUCGUAUUAACAAUCGAAAGAUGGUCGAGAGAAAAAAUCUCUAUUUGACAGGGCUUCUUCCUAUACCUAUGAAUUUCAUUGGACCCAGAAAUGAUACAGUGGAAGAAUCUUUUGGGUCUUCCAAUAUCAAUAGGUUGAUUGUUUCGCUCCUGUAUCUUCCAAAAGGAAAAAAGAUCUCUGAGAGCUGUUUCCUGGAUCCGAAAGAGAGUACUUGGGUUCUCCCAAUAACUAAAAAGUGUAUCAUGCCUGAAUCUAACUGGGGUUCGCGGUGGUGGAGAAACUGGAUCAGAAAAAAGAGGGAUUCUAGUUGUAAGCUAUCUAAUGAAACCGUCGCUGGAAUCGAGAUCUCAUUCAAAGAGAAAGAUAUCAAAUAUCUGGAGUUUCUUUUUGUAUAUUAUAUGGAUGAUCCGAUUCGCAAGGACCGUGAUUGGGAAUUGUUUGAUCGUCUUUCUCCGAGGAAGAGGCGAAACAUACUCAACUUGAAUUCGGGACAGCUAUUCGAAAUCUUAGUGAAAGACUGGAUUUGUUAUCUCAUGUUUGCUUUUCAUGAAAAAAUACCAAUUGAAGCGGGGGUUUUCGUCAAACAACAAGGAGCUGGGUCAACUAUUCAAUCAAAUGAAAUUGAGCAUGUUUCCCAUCUCUUCUCGAGAAACAAGUGGGCUAUGCAAAAUUGUGCUCAAUUUCAUAUGUGGCAAUUCCGCCAAGAUCUCUUCUUUAGUUGGGGGAAGAAUCCGCACGAAUCGGAUUUUUUGAAGAACAUAUCGAGAGAGAAUUGGUUAGACAAUGUGUGGUUGGUAAACAAGGAUCGGUUUUUUAGCAAGGUGCGGAAUGUAUCAUCAAAUAUUCAAUAUGAUUCCACAAGAUCUAGUUUUGUUCAAGUAACGGAUUCUAGCCAAUUGAAAGGAUCCUCUGAUCAAUCCAGAGAUCGUUUCGAUUCCAUUAGUAAUGAGGAUUCAGAAUAUCACACAUUGAUCAAUCAAAGAGAGAUUCAACAACUAAAAGAAAGAUCGAUUCUUUUGGAUCCUUCUUUUCUUCAAACGGAACGAACAGAGAUAGAAUCAGACCGAUUCCCUAAAUGCCUUUCUGGAUAUUCCUCAAUGUUCCGGCUAUUCACGGAACGUGAGAAGCAGAUGAAUAAGCAUCUGCUUCCGGAAGAAAUCGAAGAAUUUCUUGGGAAUCCUACAAGAUCCCUUCGUUCUUUUUUCUCUGACAGAUGGUCAGAACUUCAUCUGGGUUCGAAUCCUACUGAGAGGUCCACUAGAGAUCAGAAAUUGUUGAAGAAAGAACAAGAUGUUUCUUUUGUCCCUUCCAGGCGAUCGGAAAAUAAAGAAAUAGUGAAUAUAUUCAAGAUAAUUACGUAUUUACAAAAUACCGUCUCAAUUCAUCCUAUUUCAUCAGAUCCGGGAUGUGAUAUGGUUCCAAAGGAUGAACUGGACAGUUCCAAUAAAAUUUUAUUCUUGAACAAAAAUCCAUUUUGUGAUUUAUUUCAUCUAUUCCAUGACCGGAACAGGGGGGGAUACACGUUACACCACGAUUUUGAAUCAGAAGAGAGAUUUCAAGAAAUGGCAGAUCUAUUCACUCUAUCAAUAACCGAGCCGGAUCCGUUAUAUCAUAAGGGAUUUGCCUUUUCUAUUGAUUCCUACGGAUUGGAUCAAAAACAAUUCUUGAAUGAGGUAUUCAACUCCAGGGAUGAAUCGAAAAAGAAAUCUUUAUUGGUUCUACCUCCUAUUUUUUAUGAAGAGAAUGAAUCUUUUUAUCGAAGGAUCAGAAAAAAAUGGGUCCGGACCUCCUGCGGGAAUGAUUUGGAAGAUCCAAAACCAAAAAUAGUGGUAUUUGCUAGCAACAACAUAAUGGAGGCAGUCAAUCAAUAUAGAUUGAUCCGAAAUCUGAUUCAAAUCCAAUAUAGCACCUAUGGGUACAUAAGAAAUGUAUUGAAUCGAUUCUUUUUAAUGACUAGAUCUGAUUGCAACUUCGAAUAUGGAAUUCAAAGGGAUCAAAUAGGAAAUGAUACUCUGAAUCAUAGAACUAUAAUGAAAUAUACGAUCAACCAACAUUUAUCAAAUUUGAAAAAGAGUCAGAAGAAAUGGUUCGAUCCUCUUAUUUUUAUUUCUCGAACCGAGAGAUCCAUGAAUCGGGAUCCUAAUGCAUAUAGAUACAAAUGGUCCAAUGGGAGCAAGAAGUUACAGGAACAUUUGGAACAUUUCAUUUCUGAGCAGAAGAGCCAUUUUCAAGUAGUCGAUCGAUUACGUAUUAAUCAAUAUUCGAUUGAUUGGUUUGAGGUUAUCGACAAAAAAGAUUUGUCUAAGUCACUUCCUUUCUUUUUGUCCAAGUUACUUCUUUUUUUGUCCAAGUUUCUUCUCUUUUUGUCUAACUCACUUCCUUUUUUCUUUAUGAGUUUCGGGAAUAUCCCCAUUCAUAGGUCCGAGAUCCACAUAUAUGAAUUGAAAGGUCCGAAUGAUCAACUCUGCAAUCAGUUGUUAGAAUCAAUAGGUCUUCAAAUAGUUCAUUUGAAAAAAUGGAAACCCUUCUUAUUAGAUGAUCAUGAUACUUCCCAAAAAUCAAAAUUCUUGAUCAAUGGAGGAACAAUAUCACCGUUUUUUUUCAAUAAGAUUAAGAUACCAAAGUGGGUGAUUGACUCAUUCCAUACUAGAAAUAAUCGCAGGAAAUCUUUUGAUAACAUGGAUUCCUAUUUCUCAAUGAUAUCCCACGAUCAAGACAAUUGGCUGAAUCCCGUGAAACCAUUUCAUAGAAGUUCAUUGAUAUCUUCUUUUUAUAAAGCAAAUCGACUUCGAUUCUUAAAUAAUCCACAUAACUUCUGCUUCUAUUGUAAUAAAGGAUUCCCUUUUUUUGUGGAAAAGGCCCGUAUCAAUAAUUAUGAUUUUACGUAUGGACAAUUCCUCAAUAUCUUGUUCAUUCGCAAGAAAAUAUUUUCUUUGCGCGGCGAAAAAAAAUAUUCUUUUUUGGAGAGAUAUACUAUUUCACCAAUUGAGUUACAGGUGUCUAACAUAUUCAUACCUAACGAUUUUCUACAAAAUGGUGACGAAAGGUAUAACCUGUACAAAUCUUUUCAUUUUCCGAUUCGAUCCGAUCCAUUCGUUCGUAGAGCUGUUUACUCGAUCGCAGACAUUUCUGGAACACUUCUAACAGAAGGACAAACAGUCAGUUUUGAAAGAACUUAUUGUCAACCCCUUUCAGAUAUGAAUAUGUCUGAUUCAGAAGGGAAGAACUUGCAUCAGUAUAUCAAUUUCAAUUCAAACAUGGGUUUGAUUCACACUCCAUGUUCUGAGAAAUAUUUACCAUUCGAAAAGAGGAAAAAGCGAGGUCGUUGUCUAAAGAAAUGCUUUGAGAAAGGGCAGAUGUAUAGAACCUUUCAACGAGAUAGUGCUUUUUCAACUCUCUCAAAAUGGAAUAUAUUCCAAACAUAUAUGCCAUGGUUCCUUACUUCGACAGGAUACAAAUAUCUAAAUUUGAUAUUUUUAGAUACUUUUUCAGACCUAUUGCCGAUACUAAGUAGCAGCCAAAAAUUUUUAUCCAUUUUUCAUGAUAUUAUGCAUGGAUCAGAUAUAUCAUGGCGAAUUCUUCAGAAAAAAUUGUGUCUUCCACAAUGGAAUAUGAUAAGUGAUAUUUCGAGUAAGUGUUUACAUAAUCUUCUUCUGUCCGAAGAAAUGAUUCAUCGAAAUAAUGAGUCACCAUUGAUAUCGACACAUCUGAGAUCGCCAAAUGUUCGGGAGUUCCUCUAUUCAAUCCUUUUCCUUCUUCUUAUUGUUGGAUACGUCGUUCGUACACAUCUUCUCUUUGUUUCUCGAGCCUAUAGUGAGUUACAGACAGAGUUCGAAAGGUUCAAAUCUUUGAUGAUUCCAUCAUACAUGAUUGAGUUGCGAAAACUUCUGGAUAGGUAUCCUCCAUCUGAACUGAAUUCUUUCUGGUUAAAGAAUCUCUUUCUAGUUGCUGUGGAACAAUUAGGAGAUUCUCUAGAAGAAAUACGGGGUUCCGCUUCUGGCGGAAACAUGCUAUGGGGUGGUGGUCCCACUUAUGGGGUCAAAUCAAUACGUUCUAAGAAGAAAUAUUUGAAUAUAAAUCUCAUCGAUAUCAUAGAUUUCAUAAGUAUCAUACCAAAUUCCCUCAAUCGAAUCGCUUUUUCGAGAAAUACGAGACAUCUAAGUCAUACAAGUAAAGAGAUCUAUUCAUUGAUAAGAAAAAGAAAAAACGUGAACGGUGAUUGGAUUGAUGAUAAAAUAGAAUCGUGGGUCUCGAACAGUGAUUCGAUUGGUGAUAAAGAAAGAGAAUUCUUGGUUCAGUUCUCCACCUUAACGACAGAAAAAAGGAUUGAUCAAAUUCUAUUGAGUCUGACUCAUAGUGAUCAUUUAUCAAAGAAUGACUCUGGUUAUCAAAUGAUUGAACAACCGGGAGCAAUUUACUUACGAUACUUAGUUGACAUUCAUAAAAAGUAUCUAAUGAAUUAUGAGUUCAAUACAUCCUGUUUAGCAGAAAGGCGGAUAUUCCUUGCUCAUUAUCAGACAAUCACUUAUUCACAAACCUCCUGUGGGGCUAAUAGUUUUCAUUUCCCAUCUCAUGGAAAACCCUUUUCGCUCCGGUUAGCCCUAUCCCUCUCUAGGGGUAUUUUAGUGAUAGGUUCUAUAGGAACUGGACGAUCCUAUUUGGUCAAAUACCUAGCGACAAACUCCUAUGUUCCUUUCAUUACAGUAUUUCUGAAUAAGUUCCUGGAUAACAAGCCCAAAGGGUUUCUUGUUGAUGAUAGUGACGAUAUUGAUGAUAGUGACGAUAUCGGCCGUGACCUUGAUACGGAGCUGGAGCUUCUAACUAUGAUGAAUGCGCUAACUAUGGAUAUGAUGCCGGAAAUAGACCGAUUUUAUAUCACCCUUCAAUUCGAAUUAGCAAAAGCAAUGUCUCCUUGCAUAAUAUGGAUUCCAAACAUUCAUGAUCUGGAUGUGAAUGAGUCGAAUUACUUAUCCCUCGGUUUAUUAGUGAACUAUCUCUCCAGGGAUUGUGAAAGAUGUUCCACUAGAAAUAUUCUUGUUAUUGCUUCGACUCAUAUUCCCAAAAAAGUGGAUCCCGCUCUAAUAGCCCCGAAUAAAUUAAAUACAUUCAUUAAGAUACGAAGGCUUCUUAUUCCACAACAACGAAAGCACUUUUUCACUCUUUCAUAUACUAGGGGAUUUCACUUGGAAAAGAAAAUGUUCUAUACUAAUGGAUUCGGGUCCAUAACCAUGGGUUCCAAUGUACGAGAUCUUGUAGCACUUACCAAUGAGGCCCUAUCGAUUAGUAUUACACAGAAGAAAUCAAUUAUAGACACUAAUAUAAUUAGAUCUGCUCUUCAUAGACAAACUUGGGAUUUGCGAUCCCAAGUAAGAUCGGUUCAGGAUCAUGGGAUCCUUUUCUAUCAGAUAGGAAGGUCCGUUGCACAAAACGUACUUCUAAGUAAUUGCUCUAUAGAUCCUAUAUCUAUCUAUAUGAAGAAGAAAUCAUGUAAUGAAGGGGGUUCUUAUUUGUACAAAUGGUACUUCGAACUUGGAACGAGCAUGAAGAAAUUAACGAUACUUCUUUAUCUUUUGAGUUGUUCUGCCGGAUCGGUCGCUCAAGACCUUUGGUCUCUACCCGGACCCGAUGAAAAAAACGGGAUUACUUCUUAUGGACUCGUUGAGAAUGAUUCUGAUCUAGUUCAUGGCCUAUUAGAAGUAGAAGGCGCUCCGGUGGGAUCCUCCCGGACAGAAAAAGAUUGCAGUAAGUUUGAUAAUGAUCGAGUGACAUUGCUUCUUCGGCCCGAACCAAGGAAUCCCUUAGAUAUGAUGCAAAAUGGAUCUUGUUCUAUCGUUGAUCAGAGAUUUUUCUAUGAACAAUACGAAUCGGAGUUUGAAGAAGGGGAAGGAGAAGGAGUCCUCGACCUGCAACGGAUAGAGGAGGAUUUAUUCAAUCACAUAGUUUGGGCUCCUAGAAUAUGGCGCCCUUGGGGCUUUCUAUUUGAUUGUAUCGAAAGGCCCAAUGAAUUGGGAUUUCCCUAUUGGGUCAGGUCAUUUCAGGGCAAGCGGAUCAUUUAUGAUGAAAAGGAUGGGCUUCAAGAGAAUGAUUCGGAGUUCUUGCAGAGUCAGUACCAGACACGAGAUAGAUCUUCCAAAGAACAAGGCUUCUUUCGAAUAAGCCAAUUCGUUUGGGACCCUGCAGAUCCACUCUUUUUCCUAUUCAAAGAUCCGCCUUUUAUCUCUGUGUUUUCACAUCGAGAAUUCUUUGCAGAUGAAGAGAUGCCAAAGGGGCUUCUUACUUCCCAAACAGAUCUUCCUACAACUCUAUAUAAACGCUGGUUUAUCAAGAAUACGCAAGAAAGGCACUUCGAAUUGUUGAUUCAUCACCAGAGAUGGCUUAGAACCAACAGUUCAUUAUCUAAUGGAUUUUUCCGUUCUAAUACUCCAUCCGAGAGUUAUCAGUAUUUAUCAAAACUGUUCCUAUCUAACGAAACGCUAUUGGAUCAAAUGACAAAGACAUUGUUGAGAAAAAGAUGGCUUUUCCCGGAUGAAAUGAAAAUUGGAUUCAUGUAACAAGAGAAAGGUUUCCCAUUCCUUAGCCGGAAAGAUAUGUGGCCAUGAAACAGGGAUUAAGUGGAACAGAAUUGACUGGGCCGUGGAAACACCUGUUUCUUCCAUAUUUUGGACCUUAGCUCCAUGGAACAAUAUACUAACUACUGCCGAAACAUGGAAGAAUUGAAAUCUUAGAUCAAAACAUUAUGUAUGGAUGGUAUGAACUGCCUAAACAAGAAUUCUUGAACAGCGAACAACCGGAGCUAUUACUCACUACAUCAAAAAGUUUCCAUUAAUGAAAGAUGGAAAUCAAUUGGAAAAUAAAAAAUACGCAUGUUGGAUGAAAUGGUUGUUGCUAUCUGCUACAAUAACGACUCGUUGGUUUAACUGAAUAACUAAAUAAAAUAGAUAGACAUUUCUCUUCGUCUCAGGUCGACGGAUCUUCUCAAUUGAAAGACCCCCUAUAUGGAUAAUACACAUUCCAGUUGACCGACUAAUUCGAAUUGUUUUGUUCCGAAGCAAAGAUAUCCGCGGGGCGGUUCGUCCUAUUCAGAUAUUCACGACCAAGAAGGACUGGUACUGAACUAGUGGAUAGGCCCUGAAAGGAGAAGGAAGGCUGGAAUGCCAACGGACGUCUAUUAUUGAUAUUGAAUUAUUGAAUUCACCCGACCCGAUAGUACCCAUUUUGGGAACGUCCAGUGCCAAAGUCACUGAAUGGGUAAGUCCACAAUCCCUAAAACGGAUUAUGUAAUGUACUUUAUCCGCUGGGUUACGGGUGGGCAUUUUACCAGAGGUUUCUAUUGUAUCAAUCUACCCUUGUGUGAUUCCUGUUGAAGCAUAUACUCGGGGGGUGGGCGCAGGGCGGAUGAUUUCAAAACAGACUCCCCAUUCAUUAGAUAGAGAAGAUCACCAAGAUUUCGUGAUCCGUUGCCGAACUUAUUCCAAGUCAAUGAGCAUUCUCAAUAUUUAAUAUUAUGCCUUGAAGAGGACUCGAACCUCCACGCUUUUUAGCACGAGAUUUUGAGUCU